GUACAGGAGAUUACAAUGAAGUUUGAAGAAUUAACAGCUAAAUAUCAUGUACAAAUAACUCAGCAUGAAGAGCGAAUAACUAAACUAGAGAGAGAGUUACAAGAGGAAAGAGAUGAUCAGAAAAGGGUAGACCUGAAGAGACAGCUAGAAAGAGAGAUUCAGAGGAGGAAUGAGGUUCAGCUGGAGCUAGAAAGAGUGAAAGAAGAGACUGAAAAGGAGAGGAGAGAGAUGGAGGAGAGACACAGACAGGAGAUGGAGGAGAUCAGGGAGACGUAUGAAGGAGAAGCCAGAAUGGAAGUAAAGAGAAUACUCAUGAAGAUCAUCCUGCCUGAACUCCAGCAAAAAUUAUUUGAAUCCAAGUCAAAGAUGCAGGAAGAGUUCAGGAGGCAGAUGGAGGAGAAGGACAGGGAGUUGCAGACCCUAAUAAAGAGAGGGGUGGAACUUAGUAAGGUCUUUCUGGAAGAGGCCCAUAAAUACACUUGAGAAAUUGCUAAGAAGCAGAAGGAGAGCACUGAGAGUGCUCCUUUAAACAUACAGACAGCAGAUUCCAGUUUAUAAUUCAUAUUUACAACAGCUAAAAGCUGUU